UAGCUUCGUUACUCUUACUGCACUUUUGUUAACGAAUACAGUUCAGAAAUGUCGAAACGAAUACAGCUGGAGGUAUAUUUGCGACAACUUGCCGCUCUCCGGCACAGCAACACGUUGUCGUCGUGUUCCACCGUGCUGACGUUUACGUUGAACGUGUUUCCACAUUGCGAUACGAUGGAUGUGACGCGCGUGUGUACAGAAGUACUUACGAGCGUGGACGCGAUUCGUAGGCUAGCCACGCACGAAUGGACGAACGAAGGUAGACGCGAAAAACAUGGAAAAUUGGAGUAAAAGGGAUAAGCGCGUGAUACUCAGCUGAUGCAAUGCGACUGUCGGACAGAACCACGAUCUUCUAAUGAUUGAGAAGCCCUAAAUUUAUAAUAUUUGUAAUUCUAUAUAUCUUAUUACAUUAUGGAUAAUAUAUUUGGAAAAGAAGACUCUGGAAAUGAAAGCGAGCAUGUAGAUGUUGAGGAAAAGGAAGAAAAAGUUAGUUCUUCGCAAGAUUCUGUAAUCAAAGAUGUAGAAACGGUGGAUGUUGAUAAUAUACAAGUUAAGGUAGAAUUUGAUGCAAUGAGUUCACAGUCACAGUCGGAUGGAGAAGAAAUAGAAAGUAAUUUGUUAUGCGACGAAGUCACAGAAUUGGAAGAUCAAUUGGAAAUUGUUAAACAUGAAAUUGAAAGUAAAGAAGAAGAACAAGCUAGGGAAGAUAUAUUUGAAAAUGACAUAGUAUUGCCUCAUGCAAAUCCAACAAGUGUUAAGGAAAGAAGAGAAAGUAAAGAGAAAAGUAAAAAAGAAUUAGAAGAAGAAGAAAGAGAAAGGAUGCAAGUACUAGUGUCAAAUUUUACGGAGGAUCAAUUGGACAGAUAUGAAAUGUAUAGAAGAGCAGCUUUUCCAAAAGCUGCGAUAAAAAGAAUCAUGCAAACUAUAACAGGUUGUUCAGUGUCACAGAAUGUGGUCAUUGCUAUGUCUGGUAUUGCAAAAGUGUUUGUUGGAGAAAUAGUAGAAGAAGCUCUUGACGUUAUGGAAGCUCAUCAGGAAUCAGGUCCUUUACAACCGAAACAUUUAAGAGAAGCAGUUAGAAGAUUAAGACUUCAAGGACAAAUUCCAAAUGGUCGUGCUAAUAAAACAUUCUUCCGAUUAUAAGUAUUCUUUAGCAUAAUUAUUUAAAACUGUGAUUUAAAACAAAUGUCUUUAAUAGGUUAAAAAGUUGAGUAAAUAUUUUUGUAUAAAAAGGUGUGAUAUAUACACGAUGUAUUAAUACCUAUACAGAAAGUUAUUCGAAUGAGAACAAAUACAGCUUCUCAUACAUGCACACACGGAGUGAGACAUACAGUUAACAACAUAAAAUAAAUUUUUGCUAUUGAUUAUAUAA